UUGGCCUAGGGCAGAAUGUUGGGAGCCAGAAUCAUUCUGAGAGUAGUUACAGAUAUAAAUUGUGGCUGUCUUUUCUUUCGUUUAGCCAAACACAUCCUUGUCAUUAAAAGACCUUUGAAACUAAGUAAAAUGACUUUGAAACGUCAGUGGAAUAUGAUCAAGCUGUCUGAGGAAGGAUUACGGGACAACUACUACAGUACAAAUGAUCAAAUUUCCCUUAAAAAUCAUCAGUCUGAUGUUACAGAGAAGAAGUCUGACUUCACCAAGGAGACUCUGGAAGCGCAAAACACAAAAAUGAUUUCAUCCAUAGUCAUUUCGCAGCUGAUUGAUGAAAAUAAGUCAAGAGAAAAUAGGGCGGUGUUGCAGGUACCCUGUGCGUUGGCCCAGUCAAGUGCAUAUCACACCAAGCAGUCUUUGGCCAAUCACAGCAGAGUCGACCUUCAUAGGGCAUUCGCAUUACUUCCAGGCAGAUUAGGACUUGCGACACCUUCACAUGAGCCAGGACUUGAUUCAGAACUGCUGCCCCAAGAAAGCUCAUGCGGUGGCCCCCGCAAAGGGUUUGCAUCCAUCACCAUCACUGCCAGGCGCGUGGGGCGCCCAGCCAGCGCCCUGGUGUGGGGCACUGUGAGAGACGCUCUAUGUACCAAGUGCAAGGCAGAGGACUCUCUGUUUGGGAACGCUGCUCUGUCUGGUGGCGCAGAUCUCCGUCAGCAUCACAGACCUUUCUCCUGCACAGAAUUCUCCAGAAAUGGCUCAGUGGUGAGGCUGAAGGUCCCUGAGUCCCAUGCCAGCCUGUGUGAAGAACACGCAUACUGGGUCUCUCAAGUGGAUGACAAAAGGAACAGUUUUUCUCCAAACACCCCACCGUCAGGAAAGGGCCCAGUGGUGUUCAGUUCCUGUGUCCACCUGAGGGUGUCUCGGCAGUGUCCGAAUUCAGUCUGUGACUUAGACAAGUCUCUCUCUGUCCCCAUUGAGCAACCUCAAAUUGCUGGCCCCAAAAUGCACAGAUCAGUCCUGUCACUCAACCUCAAUUGUAGUUCCCACAGACUAACAGCAGAUGGAGUAGAUGGCAUAGCUAACAGAGAGCCAAUAAGCAGAGCCCUGAAGCAGGAGCUCACUGAUGGAAGCCAGAACCCUCUACACCCAGGCUGGAGCCCAGGUUUACAAGAAAGUCACUUGAAGGAAAACCCAUCACUGGGGCAUGUGCCUUUGGGCACUGUCACAUGUCCUUGGAGUAGCUCUUCUCUGUUGGAAAACACAGAAUUUGCAGAUGCAGGAGCUGACCAGGUCACUGUAAUGAACGGGAAAGAGGACCAUGCAACUUGUCACACGGGCAGUCAUGCCAAUGAACUGUCCAUUCACAUACCUGGCUGGAGUUACACCGCAGUAGAAACAAAAGUAUUUUCUGGAAACAGCAAGAAACUACAAGGAGAAGCACGUGUGACUUUGUCUGCUUCCUCAGUGGAACAGAAGCCCAUUAAACGUUUCCUCCCUGAUGGAGAUAGCUCUCCAAGAGAUGACUAUCAGUCUAGCAACUUUUCUGAGCCCACAGAGAGACGGCAUCAAAGCUUCCUGAAACCCAGAGUCCCUUUGUCUGGGUUUCUUUGUCCCUUACAAGAUGUAUGCACACCUCCACAGGAAGACAAUGGUGUUCAGAUAGAAAGAGAGUUCCCCAAAGGAGAUUACACAUGCUGUGACUUGGUGGUAAAAAUAAAGGAAUGCAAGAAGAGCGAGGACCCCAUCACACCUGAGCCUUCACCAGCAUCCCCCUCACCAGCACCUUGUGAGGAACCAGAGACCCCUGAUCUCUCAGAAGACUGUUCUGAGCCUCAACAAAUGCCUGCACACUCCUUGACCUUGCAGGAAGCACUGGAAGUCCGUAAACCUCAGUUCAUUUCUCGAUCACAAGAACGGCUAAAGAAGCUCGAACACAUGGUCCAGCAGAGAAAAUCACAGCAAAAGGAGAAGCUGGGGCAAAAGCAGAGCCUCCUUCCUGUCCGUGCCAACAAGAAGCAGUUCACCAUUCCCCAUCCUCUUAGUGAUAAUUUGUUCAAACCCAAAGAAAGGUGCAUUUCAGAGAAGGAGAUGCAUAUGCGCUCUAAAAGAAUCUAUAAUAACUUGCCGGAAGUUAAAAAGAAAAAAGAAGAACAAAGGAAAAGGGUGAUCUUACAGAGUAACAGACUCCGUGCUGAAGUCUUCAAAAAGCAAUUACUGGACCAGCUCCUUCAAAGGAAUGCAGUCUAACCCCAGGCUGGCCUGCUGACCACAGCAACUGGACCUGUGAUGACUUCAAACACUGGAUAAGCCAUUAAACUUAACAUCAUCUUCAUGAUAUAAAAACA